AUGGAUCUAGCACAGACCCUCCUGCGAUCUGUAGUUCGCGCCUUUUACGACCCCAAGGAGGUGGACACGAGGCACAUCGUUAUUGUCGAUGCACUCAUAACCCACUCAGCCUUGCGUGAUGACGACCUGUCGUACCUGAUGGCGCAAAACACCAAGGACAUGACCAAGAUCUGCGCCAAUCUACAAGCCGACCGCUUCAUACAUCAACAUGUACGGGCAGAACUGCGCGAGGGUCAGCAGAAGGCCACAUCGCGUAGAUACUACUACAUCGACUAUCGACAGGCAAUUGAUGCCAUUAAGUGGAGGGUCUACCACAUCGAUAAGUCUGUGCAGGGUAACGCUGUUCCAACGGCGGAGAAGAAGGAGUACUUCUGCACAUUCUGCCAGUCAGACUGGACUGCCAUGGAUGUUCUCGACAACAGCAGUGACAAAGGUUUCCUGUGCCAUCGUUGUGGUAGUGUUCUUGUUCACGACCCGGAGCGCCAGUCGGGUGGACAUGAGCAGUCGACGCGCCUGAACAACCAGCUCAGAUUUAUCACGGAUCUCCUUCCACAGCUAGAUAGUGUCGAGAUCCCCAAUAACACAUUUGAGAUAGCCUUGGGAGCAGCCCGGCCUGUCAUACGGGACGCCACCAACCAGGUCGCACCUUCUGUGGUGGUGGAAUCCACAGAUAAGCCGACGGCGGUGCGUGGAAUGACUGACACAGGCCCCAAGAGUAUCGCCAUUAGUAUUACUGCCGCCGACGGCCCUAGCGAGGCGGAGAAGGAUGCCGAGAAGGCUCGUAAAGAGAAAAUUGCUCAUCAAAAUGCUCUUCCUUCGUGGCAUACUACAAGCACCGUUACUGGUAUAUCCUACGAUGACACCACUAGUAAUAACGUGCCGGGCAUGACAAUCGAGGAUAAAAAGCCUGACGCCAGCUUGCUAGAUGCGCAGGAAGACGAAGACAUGACGGCUGUAUUCGAAAAGAUCAGGCAGGAGCAAGAAGCCGAGGCUGCGCGUAAAGCCGCACUAGCCGACGAAGACGACGAAGAAGAAGAAGAAGACGACGAAGAAGAAGAGUUUGAAGAUGCAAUCCCCGCAGCUGCAAGCACAAAUAACAGCUUCGUUGGCGAGAAGCGAGCGGUGUCUAGUGUUGACACAAGCGCUGCUGCGACUCCUGCGUCAGGUGACGAUAGACCUUCCAAGAAGGUCAAGGUUGAAGAGCCAGCAGACGACGAUGAAAGCGACGAUGAGGAUAUGGCAUUCGAGGACGUUUAA